UUAACAGUGUUAUCCAAAGUUGAGUCAUCUUCCAUCACCGCUCUCGCAGACUCUAAGGGUAUUUUUCUCUUUAAUUUCUUAGAAGCCUUGGGCAUGUGUCUCCAGCAUCCUGUUUACCUAUGAAAAGUAUUAUUACCUAAGUGGUCAAUGAGAGCCUAACCACUGUAAAAUAAUUCAACAGCAUGGACCCUGAAGAGGCCUGCGAAAGAAUCGAGCUCCUCAAGGAGUUUGUCAAGGAGUAUGAAAAGGAGAAGCAGGAGAUUGAAGAACUCCUCACAGAACUCAAUAUUAUUGCUGAUGGGCUGGACAAGGUGGACAGGGACUGUACCAUCGCUAAGACUGCAGGGAGCUCUGCUGGUGUAGUCGGGGGGGUCCUGACCAUUGUAGGGAUAGCCCUGGUUCCUGUUACUUUUGGAGCCUCCGUUGGACUGUCCAUUGCAGGGACUGUGACUGCUGUAGCUGGCACAGUGACCAGUGCUGGCACACACAUAGGAAAGCUUGUAAAGGAUGGCAAGGCUAACAAGAGAGUAACGGAAAUACUGGAAAUAAUUCACACUAAAAUCAUAGCACUUGGUAAAUCUUGCAAAAUUGCACUUCCACAAUGUAAGUGGAAUAUAGAGGAAGCUGCUUUAACAGGGAUUGUUAAAACACGUCUUUCUGCUGCUGCUGCUGCUGCAGGCCUGGUUGAUGCUGCUGUUGUUGCUGCUGCAGGUGCUGCUGUUGAUGCUGCUGUAAGUCUUGAUGCUGUUGCUGAUGUAACUCCAAACCAGAGUGAUGAUGGUGCCGUUGCUGGAGCUGCUGUUGGUGCUGCUGUUGUUAAUGGUGGCCGUCUUCUUGGAGGCCUGGUUGAUGAUGCUGCUACUGCUGCUGCUUCUGCUGGCCAUGUUGCUGCAGGCCUGGCUGAUGAUGCUGCUGUUGUGGCACUCAAAAGUACAGGCAGAGUAGUCGGAGCUGUUGCUUGUGGAGUUUUUGUAGUUUGGGAUGUCGUGCUCAUUGGUUUAAAUGCCAAAAAACUUCAUGAAGGGAGUCCAACUGAAAGAGCACAAGAGAUUCGCAAGCUGGUAGAAACUGGAGAAUUAGAACUAGCAAAACUGGAGGUGGUCAUUUCUGACAUAAGGAACAUUGUGAACCAGUGAGUCAGCACAGGGCUAUGGAGGAAGGUGCACCAGGAGGGAUUUUUCUUGCUGUCAGAUCUGCAGCUACUGCUGUAUCAACAGUUUUGUGUUUGCUGCCUGCUCCAGUUUACAAUAGUCAACUCCCAGGACCCACUUGUUUUCUUUUGCUUUCCAUACUCUUUACGCCUGACAUCUGCUAUUAGCUGCUGUGUUGCUGCUACUAUGUCAUG